GUUGUUUAGGGGAGGUGUAAUAGUCUCGAUGGUGAUCUGAAUUUUCCGUUUUUCUCCUUACAUUGUCUAGUUUGUGUGGUAGCAGUCGAUGUCAUGUAGGUGCUGUCGUCACAGAAGUAUUUCCAAAACGAAAGCAUCGCAGUUUCAUCUUCAUUGCUCGUCGAAAAUCGUAAGCAAUGACUUCGAAUAUAAACUCUCUUCAUUGGUUUAGAAAGGGACUCAGGUUGCACGAUAAUCCGUCCCUGCGGCAGGCAAUAGAGGGUAGUUCCACUUUCAGAGCAGUAUUUUUCCUCGAUGUGGACUCCUUGGAUGAGAUCAACCUAUCGAAAAACAAGUGGCGAUUCCUUUUAGAAUGCUUACACGACCUCGAUAAAAGUCUGAGAAGACUGAACUCGCGUCUCUUUAUCGUUCGAGGUCAGCCGAUCGAUGUCUUUCCGAAGCUAAUUAGACAGUGGAAUAUUACUAGAGUAACGUAUGAAUAUGACAGUGAACCAUUCCCACGGAGAAGGGACGAUUCGAUAAAGCGCUUAUUGGAAUCAGAAGGAGUUGAAGUGUUGACGUCAGUCUCUCAUACGCUGUACGACAUUGACGAAGUCAUCAAGUCAAAUCAUGGGAAUGUACCAGUUACUUUCAAGCAGUUUGAAUGCCUAGUAAGUAAGUUGAAAAGUCCAAGCAACUGUGUACCAGUUGUCGAUGAGCAGUUGUUAAAAAACUGUAAGACACCAGUGGAGGAUAAUGACGAAAACAACUAUGGUGUACCAGAAUAUGAUGCCCUUGAUUUUGUUGAGGAAGAAGCUGAACCUGGACAGUUUGCAGGAGGAGAGACAGAAGCUUUGAGAAGACUUGCUGUUCUUGAAAAAGAGGUAGCAGAACCAAAAUUGGGCAAACCACAGCAAGAGUCCAAUUCUCCAUUUCCCAAGUCCUCAAAGUUGAGUCCAUACUUGAGAUUUGGUUGUCUGUCAGUGAGACAACUUUUUCACAGAAUGAACCAAGUCUACAGAGAGGCUAAUGGAAAACCAGCCCCAAUGUCAGUUCAUCUACCAUUAUUGUGGCGAGAGUUUUAUUUUGUUGUGGCCAGUAAGCAUCCCAAUUUUGACAAAAUGAAGAACAAUUCUCUUUGUUUACAGUUUCCAUGGGAGGAGCAAGCUUGCAAACUGGAAAAGUUCCAACAGGGCAAGACUGGAUUUCCAUGGAUAGAUGCAAUGAUGCGUCAAAUGCUAUUGGAGGGAUGGAUUCCUUACUUAGCCCGUCAAGCUGUGGGAUGUUUUUUAACCAGAGGAGCUCUCUGGAUAUGCUGGGAAGAAGGAUUUAAAAUAUUUGAGAAGUAUAUGCUUGAUGCUGAGUGGAGUAUAAAUGCUGGUAGCUGGAUGUGGUUGUCAUGCAGUGCAUUCUUUGCCAAACAUCCUCAGUGGACAUGCCCAGUUGGUUUAGGAAAACAUUUGGAUCCACAGGGCAACUAUGUGAGGAAAUACAUCCCAGAGUUAAAGGAUUUCCCAGCAGAGUAUAUCUAUGAACCGUGGGAUGCACCACUUGAAUUGCAGGUGGCGUGUAAUUGUGUUAUUGGUACUGAUUAUCCACAACCCAUAGUCAACCAUCAACAAGCAAGGAAAAGUUGUGUUGAUAGGCUGAGAGGAGUGUAUCAAAAUCUUGUGACAAAGGUCUCAUGUAAUGUUGGACUUGGCCAUAAUGCUAUGCACUGGUUCAGAAAGGAUUUGAGGCUCCACGACAACCCCUCACUAUGUGAAGCUCUAGCAAAUUGUAGAACAUUUCAUGCUGUGUAUAUUCUGGAUCCUGUGAGUGCGAGAGCUGCAAAAGUUUCUGCCAACCGUUGGAAAUUUCUCGUGGACUGUCUACGUGAUCUAGACAAGAGUUUGCGAGAGUGUGGAUCAAGACUUCAUGUCAUUCGUGGGCAGCCAACAUAUGUGUUACCUAAACUUUUCCAAGACUGGAAUAUUUCAAAACUGACAUUUGAGUGUGAAAUUGAGCCAUUUGGACAACGGCGAGAUGUAGCUGUGGCUGUCCUUGGUGAAGAACAUGGAGUGGAAGUUAUUUCUAAGCCUUCACAUACCCUGUAUGAUCCUGAAAGAAUAAUUAAAAGUAAUGAGGGUGAGGCACCCAUGUUAAUAAAAACAUUUGAAAAUGUUAUCCGGCAAAUGGGCCCUCCGGAGAAACCUGUCGAUGCAGUGAACAAGGAAAUGUUCAAAGGUUGCGUUUGCCCAGUCUCAAAUGAUCACAGCACAAAAUUUGGUAUCCCAAGCUUAGACGAACUUGGCUACAGUGGGUGCGAAGUCACCACAGGGGAUUUGUGGGUUGGAGGAGAACAGGAGGCCAUGAAAAGGUUAACUGAACUUGAAGAGAAGGUUCUGGAGGGCAAUUUAAAGAAAUCUGUGGAAGGGCUAGAUGCACUAAGGCCAUCCAGGACACAGCUGAGUCCUUACCUACGCUUUGGUUGUCUUUCUCCACGGCUCUUUCAUUUGAGGCUUACCAAAGCCUACAUGAAGGUGAAAUGCCAGCCACCACCAUUGUCACUCUACAGGCAGUUAGUUUGGAGGGAGUUUUUCUUUACACUCGCCAGUCGAAAUCCUCAAAUGGACAGGGCAGUGGACAAUCCACUUUCUUUUAAUAUUCCUUGGGAGGAAAACCAAGAUGCCUUUGAUGCAUGGAAAAAGGGCCAGACAGGUUUCCCAUGGAUUGACGCUAUCAUGCGACAAUUACAUGCGGAAGGGUGGAUCCACCAUGUAGCUCGACAAGCUGUUGGAUGUUUCCUGACGAGAGGAUGUCUUUGGAUUAGUUGGGAAGAAGGAUUUAAGUUGUUUGAACAGCUUCAGUUGGAUUCGGAAUGGAGCUUGAAUGCUGGUAACUGGCUUUGGGUGUCAUGUAGUGCAUUCUUUCAUGGACAAAUUCCGUGGUAUUGCCCUGUCAAUGUUGGAAAGAAACUUGAUCCCUCAGGAAAUUUUAUAAGGCGAUACGUCCCUGAACUCAAGACCAUGCCAACAAAGUACAUUCACGAGCCUUGGAUGGCACCCUUGGCCGUGCAGAAAGCUAGUAACUGCAUUAUCGGCCAAGAUUACCCAGACCGCCUCUGUGACCACAUCGAGAGACGGAAAGUUUGUCUUGAACGACUGAAGGACGUGUGCCACCAGAUUCAGGGCACUAACUCGUCAUCACGUGAUAUUGCCGAUGUCGUUGAUUAAAUGUUCAGUUAUUGAUUCCCAACAGAAUAGAUUUUCCUGAUUAUUAGUGUUGUUUUCUGUUUUUGUUUUGUUUUGUUUGGUUUAUUUAUUCGGUACGAAGAAAUAGUGGCACUACUCGGCUUUAAAGAAAAAAAAUCGCCGAUACUCUAGAUGCAAAAGGGGUAGUUCUUUCUUAUGGGACCAAGUAUCGAGUACUUGAUCUGCAUUCAAAUGUAAAAUUAGUCAAAACUCUCGCAGUCAAAGGUUUUCCAAACUGUGAAACAUUUGUGAAAAUAUAAUAUUCAAUGACCACAUCUGAUAUGUACAGCAUCAAAGCAUGUUACGUUGACCGACCCCAUCCAUAUGAAGAGGUGUUUCACGUUGGCUUGUAAAUAUUUAAUUGGUGCAAAGGAAAGUUAAUAUUGUUCAUGGACCUCAACACUCUUUUAUAGGUUACUAACCAACCUAGCAGUUAUAGUCGACUUAAGCACGGCUCAAUUGUUAAAAUUUAAGAUGAGCGACUCUUAUGGAAAGUGACUACUUCGUGAUCCAAACGUACCAGUUUUGUUUCAUCGUAUUUCACUUCGAUGGAAGCCUUUUAACGAUAACUGAUGCAAUUUUAACUUGAGCGCUUUGGUUGCCGGUGCCGGUUCAUUAUCCAGUUUUAAUUUUAUCAGGCUGUCAAAUACUACAACUUGUACAGUUUAAACAUGUAGCCUGAAUAAUUGUAUAUAAAGUGGUUAUUGUCACCCAG